CGCUUUAUUUAGGUAAACGUAACUUGUAAACAACCGGCAGUGGUCUAGUCUCCAGACGGAAGAUUUUCUGAUUUCGAAAAUGUAGAAAAAGAGAAUGUCGUCGGUGUUUGGAAUUAUAGUGCUUGUUGCCUUAGCAACAUGUUUGCCACCAGUUUAUGGGGGAUUUUGGAGCUGGCUAAGAGGAUGGAGUGAAGAAGAGCCUAGGAACUGCCCCCAUGUAAACAACAGGACACAUGUUUGCUCUUCACUGGAAUCCACCAAUGCAACAUGUUAUACAAUUAAGUGCUGUAGCGAUUUUGAAGACCAUGAAAAUUAUGAAAGGUAUGGCGAUGAAAGUUCUGAUGAAAGUAGUGAGGAUGAUGUAAGCCACGGCGGUGGCGGAAAUCAUGGCGGUCAUCACGGUGGAUCUCACGGAGGUUGUAGUCUGUGUUUCUCCAAUCGGUCCUGUACGCUUUACAAGUGUUAUAAAAGUUGCUGCGAUGGCUACGAAAGAGAUGUUUGGGGAAAAUGUAGCAACAACACAGGAAAUCUACAGUGUGAAAAUGGCGGAGUGUUGAGCUAUACUUGGUGGGGAAGACAAUACUACUGUCAGUGUCCACGCGGAUUUCGAGGACAUAAUUGCGAGAAACCUGUAUGUCGCUGUAAAAAUGGCGGUGAAUGUGUGGUCAAGGACGGAAAGCCGCAUUGCAACUGUUUGCCUGGUUACUAUGGCAACAGAUGUCAGAAAUCAAACUGCACACUGAAGUGUUACAAUGGAGGACGGUGCUACAUAGACGGUGGCAAUGAAUUCUGUAGGUGUCGGCCCGGGUAUAUUGGAACCCAGUGUGAACAGUACUAUACAAAUCCUGACACGUGCCCACUACCUGAUGAGUCAGAUGACAUGUGCAGAUGUGAAUGCACGAGGAACACAGAUUGUAAAGAUGACGAAGUGUGUUGUAAGGAGGGUUGUAAGUCUGUAUGUCGCAAAAAGAAACCAGAGUCCUGUCAAUACGAAGGGAAGACCUAUGCAAUUAAUGACACAUACAGCCCCGAACCAUGCACGAACUGCACUUGCACUGCAACUGGUGACAUGUUAUGCUAUUCUGUUAGCUGUGCAGUACCACAAUGCGUCUAUGGCGAGCCGACAGUGAUACAAGGAGAGUGUUGCCCGUCUUGCCCAGACAAGCCUGACCCGCCGAAGAUAAGCAACUGCCCGACAAGUGUUGUACAUGUGCGUGUCUCAUCUACCAGUGACGAGGCAUUGCUAGACAACAAGACCACGGAUAUCAAAGCUUAUGACUCCAAAGGCGUUAAACUGGAGGUGAAUUAUCGGCCAGGAAAGGUUCACCACUGUCAUUGCUCGGCUUCUCUGAACUCACAGACAACUGUACAAGCUUAUGCUGAGGACAGUCAUGGUGGUAUAGCUACCUGCUCGUUCAACGUCACGGUUAAAGAUACGUUUCCGCCCCGAUUUACUUUCUGUCCAAAAGACGUGAACGUCUCCGAUGGAGAAGUAGUGCAGUGGAAGCAACCCACAUCAGAUGAUAAUGUAGGUGUAUCAAGAGUAUCGGUUCCUGACAGGCGAAGUGGCGAGAUAUUCCCUGUAGGAGUUCAUACAAUGACAUACCAAGUGUGGGACCAUGAUGGCAACACAGCGUCCUGUAACUUCAAUGUUGUUGUCACUAGAGAUCCUCCAAGAAUUGACAAUUGUCCUAAAGCCGCGUUACACUUGAACACCUCAUACUAUACUGACUAUGCUGUACUCAAAGAAUUAACUACUGGAAUACACGCAUAUGACUCUGAGGACAACAAGAUUCAGGUACUAUAUCAGCCCACGACUGUUAAUCACUGUAAAUGCUCGGAUUCUCUUAACAAAGAGUUCACAGUUCAAGCUUCGGCAACUGAUGACUAUGGUAGUAUUGUCAGGUGCUCCUUCAAUGUUAUUGUUAAAGAUGCCUUCCUGCCACAAUUCUCCUUUUGUCCAGGAGAUAUAAAUGUAACUGAAGGUGAACAUGUUACAUGGAAGGAACCAGUGUACACGGAUAAUGUUGGCAUUUUGCGAAGGAGUGUAGACAUGGAGAACGGGCAAGUCUUCCCGGUUGGCAAGCACACUGUUACAUAUGAUGUGACUGAUUAUGACGACAAUACAGCAUCUUGUCGUUUUAACAUCUUUGUAGCAGAAGGAAUGCCACCAAGGAUACAUAAUUGUCCUUAUUAUGGCUUAUACUUGAAUACGUCAGCCGCUGGAGACUCUGUAGUGUUAGGUGAUAACACAGCAUCAAUAAAAGCAUUUGAUGGUGAAGGAAACAAGUUGAAGGUGACCUACCGGCCAAACUUUGUGCGUCACUGUUACUGCGAGAAUUCUGCCUCAAAUGAAACAUUAACGGAAGCUUCUGCAAAAGAUCAAUAUGGCAAUAUUGCCACGUGUUCUUUCAGAGUUUUUGUCCUCGAUCAAGUGAAACCAUUGAUAUUGCACUGCCCUGAGAACAUCUUUGUGACUGAGAAUGAGGUCGCCACAUGGAGAGAACCUGAAUAUUAUGACAAUGUGAAAGUGGUGAAAGUAUCAGUGACCGGAAGGAAGCGUGGUACCGUGUUCCCUGUAGGCAGCCAUAGAGUAGCUUAUGAUAUUUGGGACUUUGAUGGGAACUACGCCACUUGUCAGUUCAAUGUUACUGUUGCCAAAGCCAAAUGUACACUGGAAUGCUUCAACGACGGACUAUGCUAUCGGAAUGGAAACGAUCAGUUUUGUAGAUGUACACCUGACUAUGUUGGGAAGCAGUGUGAAAAUAAAUAUAUUCACCCAAGUACGUGCCCAGUACCAGAAACUUUCCAAAGUACAUGUGAUGUAAGAUGUACAAGAGAUAGCGAUUGUAAUGGUGAUAACGUAUGUUGCAAGGAGGGUUGUGGCACGGUGUGCCGUCCACCUAAGACAAUAUAUUGCCAGUACAAAGGAAAACAGUAUAUGGUCAAUGAAACAUAUAGUCCAGAGCCUUGCACUACAUGCACAUGCAACGUAUCUGGAGAGAUGGUUUGCUUAUCCAAGUUCUGUGCUAUGCCAAAGUGUGCUGGUGGUAGGCAACCGGUAUCCAAGCCUGAUCAGUGCUGUCUCACAUGCCCAGAAGAAGAAAAACCUCAGAUUACUUGUCCAGUACAAACUGUUCAUUUGAAUACAUCCUACUACAGCAACAUGACACUCCUAGAAGACAGAAAAACUAGUGUCGUGGCAUAUGACUCUUUUGGUAGAAGACUUCAGGUGAACUAUAGACCGCCCUUUGCACAUCACUGUAACUGCCACAAUCCACUUGAACAUGCGACAACAGUAAAAGCAUAUGCGGCUGAUUAUCAUGGCAACGUUGCUACGUGUUCGUUCAAGGUCGUUGUUAGGGAUAUAUACCCACCUGUUGUCUUUUCUUGUCCGGAGGAUGUAUUUGUUUUCGAAAAGGAGGUGGUCGAAUGGCUGCAACCAAACUCAGCGGACAACGUAGGGAUAGCCGGUACAUCAUGUUCCAGCCAGAAGAACGGGGAAAUCUUUCCUGUUGGAGAGCACAGAAUAUCUUGCGACAUACGGGACUAUGACGAUAACACGGCAUCAUGCCACUUCCUUGUGUCUGUUACCAGUGAUAAUACUUCCGUUGAAGACCUUCCUAUAGGUCUGAGGGAAAGAUUCACAGGAGAGAAAAACGACAAACUUCGUAUCAUUUUGCUUCCUAUUUUUUGUGCCAUUUUGCUGAUCAUCUUGGCGCUUGUGGUCUUUUUCUGUAGACGAAAGUGUCACAUAAAUCUCCCGAAGAAGAAAUCUCUCGGACAUGAAGCUGCAAAGAAUGUCUACUUAAAGCCAAACGAUUCUUGUUCAAAGAAAUCAUCGCAUAAAUCUAAACGUCCGUCAGUGUCAACAUAUUCCUCCUCGGUGUCCUCAAGGAGUUUGACGGGAAAGGCUUUAUCCUUCCACAGGAAUAUGUAUGCUGUACCUGAUGAUAUAGGUAUCAGACCACCACCAUACAUGGCUCACCCAGGUUACAGCCCACCUCCAUACAGCAUUUCCGGAAGCGUGAAGGAUGUAACAUACAUGCCAUUGCCCCUUCCAGCUUACCAUAGCCCUGAGUAUGAGUUCUUGAGUGCACGUACGCCAAGUGUUUUUGGAGGGUCAGUUAGAUCAGGGUCCACAAUGUCGACAAAGUCUUCACGAAACUCCACUGCAGGAUCUGUGAAGUCUUCAAAAUCCAGAAAAUCAAGUUUCAAGGCCUAGCAGUAAGAACAAAUGAAGUCAGUAUCAGUGUAUAUAUACAGAUGCAUAAUUUCAAUCAUUAAGUAGUGCUACUGGGCUUAGCAUAAAUGACUUCAACCUAACUCGAUGUACACAGAUCUAUAAGCAAUAUUUACUCAAGAAUUUAAAUUUAUUUCCUUACUCUUUAGUCGAUAAUUUUCAUCUUUCAACUUUUCAAUAAAUGUCAGGCUAGCAUAGGUUAAGAUUUGAAAUUCUUAUAAAGUGUGUUAAUGUUGAUAAGUGUGAAACUAUAUCAAGAAAUUGACUUCAAAAGUUGCUGUAAAACUUUGUAAAUAAUCUAUUUAAUAUCGUUCGUUUAAUAGUCUUUUCCGCGUUAUGUAAUUGAUAUUACACGUGUAUUUAUUUAUCGUAAAACCCAGGUUAAAUGAUUUGUCUUAGCAAAAUAUUCAGAGACUAUUUAACCAUUGUUUGCUUAUCGCCAUUACUUUAUCAUUGCCACAAGACAAUAAUCUUGGUGCAUCAGUUGUUACACAUGAAGUGGUACGUUUUGUAAUGUUUUCGACAAUCACAUAACUUUACAAUUUAAACUACAUUUUUAAUUUUAACAUAUUCUAAAUUAUAAUUUUAUAAAUCGGUGAAAGCAUAUAAAAUCUUAAAGAAAUCAAUCUGUUGAUAAAAAAUUGGAUUAACAUUCACCCGAUGAGCUGUUAUAGUUUUGGGACAACUUGCAGAGGAAACUAAUUGGAACAAUAUGAUCGUAAAAUGCUACUAUAUGUAAUAGUGUUUGAAAACUUGGUAUUGUCAUAAUUCUGCGAUUCCAACAGGUAAUUUUUUUUAUUCCAUGUCUGUUUUUAUUUUGAUGUAAAUGAGAUGUUAAACCAAGAUAGUUCGUCACCUGUUUGGCGCUAUAUAGUUUGCACUGUGUUAGUCCACCGAAAACCCAAAUCAACAACAAGCAUUCCUGCAAAGACACAUUUAUAGCAGAAUGCACAUUAUUUGACCGGUCAGUCACUAUAAUUACAUAAUACUUGAUUUGCAUUUUGGAAUCCUAUUUGUACCUUGUCUGCUUGUAUUCGUUAUUUUCAUUUGUCAGGCCUUUGUCGAUAUAUUAUUUGUUUAAUUAAUUGAUGUAACUGUGUCCUUCUUUUGCAUACUAAUAUAUAAUAUCUUAUAAUUGUUGUUUGCUGUUACAAAAUGUUUUUUAAUAAACAGAAAUGUACUUA